AUGGCGGCGUUCAAGCGGUUCCUGCGGGACGAAUGGUUGGUCGAGGAGAUCAUUGAUGGCGAUGACGAGUUUGACUCACCUUAUGCUGGGCAAAAGCGACUUGCAAUGAUCAAGAGAGCGAUUAUGGUGUGGGAGAAGUCCAGUGAAGAUGUCAUUCACCAGAGAUUUGCCAAAGCGAUACCUUGGGCUUGA